AUGUCAACUCAAUAAGAAUUAUUAAAAGAAAAGCCCUAACUCGCUUAAUAAAUAGAUACUCUCUAUCACGUAGACAUCCGUAUGGAUAAUCUUAAAUCUUUUUUAUCGAACAUAGGCAACGUAAUAAACCAGUAGUCGAUCGUAAUAAACUAAAUGCAAAUAGAUUUAAAAACCAAAGCCUAAACAGAAAAAGUAGAACUCGCAUUUAAAUAAAUAAGCAAGGCGAUUGAAUUAAACGAUACUGAACUCCAUAAGAAAGUGGCUGUAUUAUUGGAUAAACCAAAAUCAGAAAGUACAGGAGAUUUAAUAAUAGAUUCUUCGAAUAUGGUAUAUUUAGAAGAUUAACUUUCUCUUAAGUUUUGUUCAAAUGAUAAAUAUGAAACUUAUAAAAAAUCUGUUUUGGAUAAAAUCUCAGAAUUAGAAAACAAAUUAGUAAUUAUUGACAGGAAAGGAAAUGCAAAUGAAGUUAAUGAAAGUUUAAUUAAGGCUUUAAAAGAUUUAGAUGAAAAACUAUAUGCUUUAUAUAGAGAAGAUGGUAAAUUAAAAAAUGAAAUUUAGGAUUUAUUAGUUAAAAUUGAAUUAUAGGGUAAAGCUCUUGAAAAAGGAGAAUAAUAAGAAUAAAAUAAUAAUAUUUCAGAUCCACAUAGAAUUUGUGCUUUAGAAAGUGAUUCUAAACAAUUAAUGUAUGACAUUUCUGAAUUUAAAAGAAUAGUUUCUAAUCUUGAUUCUGAAAUAAGAAGAAAAUUUGAUGCUUUAGAGCAUAAAGUAUUAAGUUAAUUUAAUAAUAUAAAAAAGAAAGAUUAAGCAAAUUUUUCACGUGAAGAAAUAAUCGGAAUGAUUGAAAGGGGAAAAAUAUUUGCCGAAGAGAAAUUAAAAGUAAUUGAAAGUGAUUUAGUUGACAUGAAAGGAAAAAUAGGUUUAAUAAGUGAUUUAGAUAAAAAACUAAAAAGAAAAUUCAGAGAAUUAUAAGAUAAUACAGAUUGGUCCAAAAAAUUAGAAGAAAAAGCAAAUAAUGAUGAAACUAAAAAAGAAUUCCUUCAUAUUGAUGAGAAAAUUAAAAAUAUUAAUGCACUAGUUAGUUAAUUUAGGAAAGAAUUCGAAACUAUUGAAGAAUUCUAUCUUUAAUUAGCAAGCCUUUUAAAAAAUAAUCAAUAAGAAACUGUCGCAUUAAUUACUGGAAAUACUAGAAUUAUACCUAAUAGAUGUGUAGCAUGUGGUACUAAAGGAAGAUAAAAUUUUAAUACUUCAGAUGUUAGAGGCACUGAUGGUAAAAUUUAUAAAGCCGAUUUUGGUUCAUAAAAUUAGACAAGUGUUUAUGAAUAAUAGGAAGUAUUUGAUGUUUUACCUUCAGAAAUUGGAUUACCUAAUAUUUAUGUAAAUGAAGAAAAAUAAAAUAAAUUUGUAUAGUUUAAAGGAAGACCUGAUUCCGCUAAAA